AUGAAAUUCGUGAUCGCCUGUGCCCUCGUGGCGCUUUGCCUCGCGGAGCACCACGAUCCUCUCUCCGACAAGAAGCACUUCAAGGGAAGCGAGCACGACCCGAAAUUCGAUCACGAAGCCUUUCUUGGAAAGGAUGCUGCCGCCGAAUUCGACGAGCUGACCCCCGAGAAAUCGAAGGAGCGCCUCGGAAAACUGGUCCCCAAGAUGGACUCCAACGGAGAUGGUGUCAUUGAGGAGAACGAGCUGAAGGACCACAUCAACUUCAUGCAGAAGCGUUAUGUGAAUAACGACGUUGAGCGCACGUGGAAGAACUACAAGGAGGACAAGAUCGUUGAUGGAAAGAUCACCUGGGCUGCUUAUCGCGAGAUGGUCUAUGGACAUCCCACUGGUGAGAACCAGGAGAUUUCUGAUCAGUACAAGAAGAUGCUCGUCAGGGAUGAGAAGCGGUGGGCCGCCUCCGACUACGAUUCCUCUGGAACCCUUGACCGCACCGAGUACGGAUGCUUCAUGCACCCCGAAGAUUGCGAGCACAUGCGUGAUGUUGUCGUCUCUGAGACUGUUGAAGAUAUUGACAAGAACAAGGACGGAUACGUCGACCUCGAGGAGUACAUCGGAGAUAUGUACCGCCCGGAGGAUUACCCUGAACUCAACGGAAAGGAGCCUGACUGGGUUGCAUCUGAGCGCGAGAUGUUCAAGGAGCACCGUGAUAAGGACAACGACGGCAAGCUGAACCAGAAUGAGAUGCGUGACUGGAUCAUGCCGAUCGGCUUUGACCACGCUGAGGCUGAGGCUCGCCACUUGAUGGGAAUCUCUGAUGAUAACAAGGACGGAAAAUUAUCUCACGAUGAAAUUAUCGCUCAUUACGAUACCUUCGUCGGAUCCCAAGCCACGGAUUAUGGAGAGCAACUGCAGAAGCACGACCCUGCUGACCUC